CUCUGAGCGUCGCAUGUGGGUGACGUCAUCAGCGCGGGCCACGCUCCUUCCUCCAUGUGUUUCUCUUCGUUGUUGUGAUCUUCAGUACCCGGUGGCAGGUUAAUUUUGGGUGAAUAUCAUCAUGUCUUCGAGCUGUCGCAGACCCGAGCACAUGGCCCCUCCAGAGGUGUUCUACAAUGAACAAGAGGCCAAGAAAUACUCCCAAAACUCUCGGAUGAUCGAGAUCCAGACGCAGAUGUCCGAGCGGGCCGUGGAGCUGCUCAGUCUGCCCGAGGAUCAGCCCUGUUACCUGCUGGACGUGGGCUGCGGCUCUGGACUCAGUGGAGACUAUCUGUCUGAAGCUGGACACUACUGGGUCGGUGUGGACAUCAGCACAGCCAUGCUGGAUGUGGCCCUGCAGCGGGACGUGGAGGGAGAUCUCCUGCUGGGGGACAUGGGCGAGGGUCUGCCCUUCAGGCCGGGGAUGUUCGACGGCUGUGUCAGUAUUUCAGCGCUGCAGUGGUUGUGUAACGCAGAUAAGAAAACACACAGUCCUCCGAAGAGACUGUACCGCUUCUUCAGCACGCUGUACUCCUCACUGGCCAGAGGAGCACGCGCUGUGUUCCAGAUAUACCCUGAAAACUCAGAGCAGCUGGAGCUGAUCACGGCUCAGGCCAUGAAAGCUGGCUUCACCGGCGGGAUGGUGGUCGACUUUCCCAACAGCAGCAAGGCCAAAAAGUUCUUCCUGUGUUUGUUUGCUGGUGUGUCAGGAGUCUUACCCAAGGGUCUGGGUUCAGAGGCGGCUGACAGAGCUGUAUCCGGUCAGGCUCAGUUCACAGCACAGAGGUCCCGCUUCAAACACAUGAAAGGAAAGUGUGUGAAGAAGAGUAAGGACUGGAUCGUGGAAAAGAAGGAAAGACGCCGGCGCCAGGGGAAGGAAGUAAGAGCUGACACCAAGUACACGGCUCGUCACAGGAAACCUCGCUUCUGAGCGUCCGGUCUUCACUGUCCGGACAGCAGACUGUGAGCGGUUCAAUCUACUGGAUCCAGUCACCACUCUUAUCUCUACUGAACUGUGUGCUCCGAGGAAAUAUACCACCGAAUAAUAAACCCUUGUGGAGAGGAGAGAGCCACGUGUGGGUUAUGUCUGAAUUAACAACAGCCAUAAUAAACCAGGUUUCAUCAGCUUUCAGGUGUGAUUCUUACAUAAAUGUGCACUCAUUGUAGUGUAAGUGUACAGUGAACCCGGAGCAAUGCAUUAUCCCAGCAAAUGUUUUUCAAAAGACAGUGUGAAUGCAAGAGAUUUGGGUUGUUUAUCAAGAUUAAAUGUUUUAUGCAUUCAUUGAAUUUGAUUUUGAGUUUCGUAUAUUUUUCUGUGGUGCAAAAAAGCACAUUUCCCAUGAUAUUAACUAUUAAAACAAGUUUUAUUUUCAUUAAGACAAGUGUAACGUGACAAUCCACACACUGUUUGAAUGAAGUAUUGUGCCAGAUAACAAUAAAUGAGUUUUGAGUUUUAA